CUGAGGACUGGAAAGGUCCAACCAAUGUUUUUUACUUGCUUUAGUGGCUGUGGCUCCCUAAUUAAUUGCAGCUAUCUGUCUCCUAUCGAUGUGUGUGUACGUGUGUGUUGUGUGUGUGUGUUUCCUUUUUUCUCCCCAAACCGAACAUGAAAUAGUUUGUUGGGCUAUACUUUCUUUCUUCCUAUCGUUCCCCCCUUCCUUCCUUCCCGUCCUGGUUCGCAGGCUCAGUCCGGACAGAUUGAAACCCAGCUGUGUUCGUCGCUUUUGCUCGUUGCCAUUUUCCCCCCUCAUUGCCCGGUGAUGUUGGAUAUGGGAGAGCGCAAAGAGGUGAAAAUGAUUCCUAAAUCGUCGUUCAGUAUAAACAGUUUGGUGCCUGAGGCCGUGCAAAACGACAACAACCACCACCAGACCCAGCAUCACCACCAGAACCAGCACCACCAGCAGAACCACCACCGGCCCGGCGCCGCGGACGAAGCCGAGCAGAAAGCUCCUCUCUCGGCCGCGCAGCAGGACGGAAAAGCGGACCCGAAAAGUGACGCGUCGAACCAGGAGAGCUGCCCGGACGAGAAGGAGAAGCAGGAGGAGAAGAAGGACGGCAAAGACGGAGACGGCUCCGGGAAGGACGGAGAGAAGAAGAGCGGCAAGUACGAAAAACCUCCUUUCAGCUACAACGCGCUGAUCAUGAUGGCGAUCCGGCAGAGCCCCGAGAAGCGGCUCACGCUCAACGGCAUCUACGAGUUCAUCAUGAAGAACUUCCCGUACUACCGGGAGAACAAGCAGGGCUGGCAGAACUCCAUCCGGCACAACCUCAGCCUCAAUAAGUGCUUCGUGAAGGUGCCGCGGCACUACGACGACCCGGGCAAGGGGAACUACUGGAUGCUGGACCCGAGCAGCGACGACGUCUUCAUCGGCGGCACCACCGGGAAGCUCCGGCGGCGCUCCACCACCUCCCGGGCCAAGCUGGCCUUCAAGCGGGGCGCGCGGCUGACCUCCGGGCUGACCUUCAUGGACCGGGCCGGCUCCCUCUACUGGCCCAUGUCCCCCUUCCUGUCCCUGCACCACCCGCGGGCCAGCAGCGCCCUGGGUUACAACGGGACCUCCUCGGGUUACCCGGCUCACCCCAUGUCCUACAGCACCAUGCUCACCCAGAACAUGGGCAACAACCACUCGUCGUUCCCGUCCUCCAACGGGCUCAGCAUGGACCGGCUGGUCGGCUCGGAUCUCCCCUACGCGACGCACCACCUGACGGCGGCGGCUCUGGCGGCCUCGGCGGUGCCCUGCGGCCUCUCCGUGCCUUGCUCCGGGGCCACUUACUCCCUGAACCCGUGCUCGGUCAACCUGCUGGCCGGGCAGACCAGCUACUUUUUCCCCCACGUCCCGCACCCGUCCAUGACCACGCAGUCCGGAGGCAGCGGCGGCUCCUUGCAGGCCGCCCGGGCUUCGGCCUCCAAUUCCCCGCAGGCUCCGUCCUCCUCCUCGCUGACCUGUGACUCUCUGAGGCCGGCCCUGUCCGGCUCUCUGCCGGCCUUCUCCUCGGGACUUUCCGGGGGUUUGUCUGACUAUUUUACGCAUCAGAACCAGGGCACGACCUCCAACCCGCUUAUACACUAACAUCCCCGAACCCUCAGCCCCUGCCUCCCCCUCCGCCCGCCUCCCCCUGAAGGAGUGAGACCCUUAAAAUGACUGGAACUGUAAGUGAACAUUUUACACUGAACAUUUACAUUGUACAAAAAAUACAAGAUUAUUAUAAACUACCUACUAUAGAAAAAAGAGGAGAGACUCAAACUGCAAAACAAAAAAGAGCAGCAGAGAAACAGAAAGCAGCCCUGAAGUUUCCAGGUAUUUUUUAUUAUUAUUAUUCAUUAUUAUUAUUAUUAUUAUUAAUUAUUAUUAUUAUUAUUAUCUUCUUCUUCUUCUUCUUCUUCUUCUUCUUCUUCUUCUUCUUCUUCUUCUUCUUCUAUUCUCUUUCUUUCUUCUUCUGCAGUUUUAAUUUCUGUGUACAUAAUGUCUGUUCCUAUAAGUGUCUCUGGGGUUUGUCUCUGUAUAGUCGUGCAGUGUGAACACAGAGCGGAUGCUGCAGAUGAAGAUGAUGAUGAUGAUGAUGAUGAUGAUGAUGAGAGCUGUAGGCUGAUUUGUUUCUGUUGUUGUUGUUGUUGUUGUUGUUGUCGGAGGAGGCAUUACUUUUUAUAGAAUGUGUAUUUAAAAUAGUUUUGUCUAAUUUUGAGAUUUAAAAAAGGUAAUAAUAAUAAUAAUAAUAAUAAUAAUAAUAAUAAUAAUAAUGAUAAUAAUAAUAAUAAUAAGAAUAAUGUCUCUAACAGCCGGCCUCUGCCCGCGUGUCUGCAGUAUUAUCAGGUCUCAUGUGGGUCAGAGAAGCGGCGGAGAAUGAUUUUAUUUCACAAAAAUUUAAACACUAAUUUGUUUUAUUUUAUUUUUUAUUUUCUAUACAGUGAAAUGUGUGUUUUUUUCUGGCUCCCGCCGUCAAAGUCCUGAGGCUGUUCCUCCGUUCAUUCAUUUGCCAGUUUAAAAACUGUUCAUGUACUUUUUUUAUAGACCAAAGAAUCGGUUUGUAGGAAACAGUAGAGUCGGUGCUGCGCUGACUGAGGCCUCGUGUUGUAGGAAUUAAGCAGUGAGUGGAUGAAUGAGUGAGUGAGUGAAUAAAGGGGGGAAUGUUUCCUCCUUCGCUGCAGAAAAUGUCCAUUAAAACGAGAUUUUUAUCGCAGUUUUCAAAACAUUUUUUAAAUUAGCAGAAAUUUGAAUGGAGUUUGGUGGCGCCGGUUUCAAUUUUUCCCCCCAACGAAUGUUUCUUGAUGCACUUGGAGGCAUUUCGCCUUAAACCGCCUCGCCUUUAGAUUAAAUGUUAAUCUGCGUUGGAAACAGCGUCAGUUGAACUCCUGUGCUAUCAGAACAAUUCACAUUUGAAGGUGGAAGUUUGAGCGUAAAUGUCUCGUUUGCUGAUGGAUGUUUUCCGCGGUUCAGCCUGUGAUGUGCUUCUUUGACUGUAAACGUGAUCGCCGAUGAGAAAAAAAAAACGGACGUUCACGCUUCUCCUCCUUUUAUUUUAUUUUUUGUAUAAUUAGUAACAGAGAGAGAAAAAAUGUCUAUUUGUAAUUUGAAUUUGGGUUUUUUGGAAGAAUUGUAAAAACCCGUUUGUUUGACAGAAGAAAAAAAUGCCUCAUUAUCUAAUACUACUUGGAAUGAUUGUCCUUUAAUUGUCGUCUCUAAAAACAAUUUUUCAUGGUUGUGAUACUAUUGUGGUCUUAUUCUUAUUCCCGUGUUUGUCGCUUACAGAAGUUCAAAAAGAGAAAAAAAUGUUUUAAUCAUAAAAAAAAUACAAAUAAAAGAAUAGGUUACAUUCAUAA